UCUGGAUCUAUGCGGCGUAACUUGCAGUCCGUAGCUUCCGGGCAAUUCACUCCGCAUUCAUCCGUUCACCUUCAAACUACCACCGGCAGUGAAUCGAGAGCAGUACUACAUUCUACAGAUUAAGACGAACACCAGACCAAAUUAAAACCCAGAAAGACGCCCAAAGAACGCAAAUUACAGGAAAUGCAGCGCCCUGCAGUGGUCACCGUUCUUAGCUGCAUCCGUGGUAGGCCUGUAUUCCCUGGAUUUCGACCGAUUUUGAUGUCCGAGCAUCAAAAUCCGCACUGGUCCCAGCAACGGCCAGCAGCCUCAUAUAAGAACAGAAGCUUUUCCAUUUCACCCUUUUUAUUCAAAAAAAAGGAGAGGACCAAAGCCACCCCUGGUACAAAUUCUGAAAAGCUCUUGUCAAAGCCAGGAGCCGCGUUCGAAGAUCCUCAUGAUCUUUCCCAGCUGCAUGAUGGUGUAGCAGCUGCUCUGUCUCGACUCAAAGACGACCUCUCCAAAUUGCGUGUAGGGGGGCGAUUCGAUACUCGAUCGAUUGAGAACCUUCGCGUGCAGCUGAGUAAAGGUAUUAAGGAGUCUGUGAAGCUAGGCGAUCUCGCCCAGAUAAUUCCCAAGGGUGGACGGAUGGUGACCAUCCUAGCCUCCGAAGAAGAUCACGUGAAACCGAUCAUAUCGUCAAUCGUUUCUUCUAGUCUUUCCUUAACUCCGCAGCCUGACCCCCAUAACGCUCUUCAACUCAACAUCACGAUUCCCCCACCUACGAAAGAAUCUCGGGAACAGACGAUCAUCAUUGCGAAGGCAGCAAUGGACAAGGCAGCAGGUGCUAUUCGUGAUUCACGCGGUGCUGUACACAAACGUCUUCAGGACUUGCAGAAAAAGAAGAUUGCGCGACCGGAUGAUGUUCGGAAAGCGCAGGAACAGAUGGAAAAGCUUACAGAAAAAGGGCAAAAGGAUGCGAGGGAAUUAUUUGAGGCCACAAAGAAGACUAUGGAACGAGCGUAGUGGGAAGGCAGGUUACUGAAUCGUGUUGCAUAGAGCAUAAAUUAUAUAAUCAUAGCCACGGGUUUUGUAGAUGGAUAAAAUCAGCAGCAUUUUGUGAGCCAUUGGCUAGUGAUACGGGGGUAAGGGUACAGAAAAAGAGAAAUCAUGGAAAAGACAGGAGUAGAGGUACAUAGUGACAGUACUGUACAAUAGGAU